AUUAGUUAAACUCUUCUAUUUAUAUUAUUAAUAAAGUAGCCAAGAAUAAGAAUAGUUGUUUUAUGAUCUCUAUCUUAGACUAUUUCUGUUUUAACAAUUAUGAUUGUUAAAUUGUUCUUUGUUUUGUUAUAUUUCUCUCUAUGUAAUGUUCAAUGUUUACCAAUUGAUCAAAUUAAUCAGAAAAUAAAUAAUAUACACAUUAACCAAGAAACGCUUGAAUUCAUGCAAAAAUUUGGGUAUUUGGAUCAAAGUGGGCCAAAAUCUUUAAUAUCUACAGAAGCAAUCAUGGAUGCUUUGAAGUUAGUACAAAAAUUUGGAGGUUUAAAAGAGACAGGAAAUCUUAACAAUGAAACUCUUAAACUAAUGAAAUCUAAAAGAUGUGGUGUCAGUGAUGUUGAUCAAUCAAAAUCUCAAAUGAGAAAAAAAAGAUUUUCAAUUUCAUCAAGUGGGUGGAAUAAACGUUCUCUCUCUUAUUAUAUAUCACAUAUCACACCAAAGUUGAAAGUUGAAGGUGUGAAAGAGGAAGUACAAAGAGCUUUUCAAAAAUGGGGAAAAUACAGUUAUCUAAGAUUUUCAGAAAUUUCAACAAAUGAUGCUGAUAUUAUCAUAUCUUUUGGUAACAAUAAUCAUGGGGAUCAAUAUCCAUUUGAUGGACCAGGAAAUGUACUGGCUCAUGCAUUUUUUCCUGAAAUGGGUUUAUUAGGAGGAGAUAUACAUUUUGAUGAAAGUGAAGACUGGACUCUUGAUGUUAAUAAUAAUGAAAAUAAUGGUGUUAAUUUUUACUCAGUUGCUAUUCAUGAAAUGGGUCAUAGUCUAGGUUUAGGCCAUUCAUCUGAACCUGACUCAAUUAUGAAUCCUUAUUAUAAAGGUCCAAGACUUCAAGAAAUUGGUUAUGAUGACAUGCUAGGAAUGCAUUCAUUAUAUGUGACAAGAACUCUUACAAAUGAAGUAAAGACAACUAUGCCACCAUCCAAAGUACCUAAAAAUCCACAUGUACAUUGGUCUACAUUUAGUGAUGAAAACUGUACCGAUGAUGAUGUAGUAACCCCUGAAUCAAUUACUACACCAAAACCAAAUUCUCCAACAAAAGAUGGAAUUUCUGAUUGUAAAGGAAAUUUUAAUGCUUUAUCAUGCUUACGAGGUCAGAUAUUUCUGUUUAAAGAUGAUCUAUUAUGGAGACUCAAUGAACCAGGAAAAGUAUUACCUCGAUAUCCAGUGAAAAUGUUAAAAUUUUUUAACACAUUAUCUAAUAACAUUGAAAAUGAUAUAAAAAUUGAUGCAGCAUAUGAAAGACCUGAUUCAAAUAUUGUGAUGUUUAGUGGAACUAAAUAUUUUGUUUUUAAUGGAAAUCACUUGAUAGAAAAUAGUCCUAGAUUAAUAAUAGAUUAUAAAUUUCCACGUUUUGUUACAAAAGUUGAUGCUGCUAUGGUUUAUGGAAAUCCUUCCCUUACUUAUCUUUUUAGUGGAGAAUACUAUUGGAUAUAUGAUGAUCAAACUAAAAGUUUACUGCAAAAACAUAGAUAUAUCAAGGAACAAUUCAGGGGUGUAAAAACACCAAUUGAUGAUAUUCUUACCUGGAAUGGAGCAAUAUAUUUCUUUAAUGGAAACCAGUACUGGGAUUACGAUUGGGUACAAAAUAAAACUAAAUCAGGCUAUCCAAAGAAUGCAUCAGAGUUUUUAUUUGGAUCUAAUUGUAGAGAUAAUUUUAGAUAUCAUUAAAUUUUCUGUAAACUGUUAAAUUUUGUAUUUAUAAGACUGCUUUCUUAGAUUUUAGUUUCGAUGCGAAGUUAAAAAGGUAUUAAUUUUACUA